AUGCCGGCGGCACCCACGACCAAGAAAUCCAUGUCCAUGGUCGCCGACGGCGCCUGGUCGACGCUCGAGGACCAGAUGCUUCGCGACGCUGUCUUCAAGCACGGCGGGAAGCAGUGGCGUGGCAUCGCCGACCAGUUUGUCACCAAGAGUGCGCGCGACUGCCAAGAGCGAUGGCACCAGCUCCAGAACCGCAACGCGUCCACCAAGCGCCCGUGGACCAAGGACGAAGACGAGCGCAUGGCCGAGCUCAUCGCGUCCUACGGCGCGCGCAAGUGGGCGGUCAUUGCGUCGUAUCUGCCGGGCCGCAAUGGCAAGCAGUGCCGUGAACGGUGGCACAACCAACUCAACCCCGCCAUCAAGCGCGACGCGUGGUCGCAGGACGAAGAAGCCAUGCUCUUCCGCAUGCAAGCCAAGCUCGGGAACCGCUGGGCGCAGAUCGCGACGCAAAUGCCAGGCCGCACGGACAACUCAAUCAAAAACCACUGGUACUCGUCGCUCCAGCCCAAGAUGCGGCACGUGACGUCGACCCGCAAGCCUGCCGCACGAGCCCCGGUGCCGAUGGCGGUCAAGCCGCCGGCCAGUGUGUCGCCACCGCCGCAACCCGUGUUGGCGCCAGCGGUGGAGCCACCAGCGGUGCCAACAGUCCCCGUGCCCGUGCUUAAGAUGCCGUUCAUCAAGAGCGAACCGUCCGAGUCGCCGCCGGGCGUCGAGUCCUUUGAGCUGGAGUCGCCGAUGUUUGAAGCGUUCACACCCGUCGCGUUGGACACGGCGUACUGCCCCGAGUGGUCGAGCAUCCACGAGUCUGCGUGGGCGCAUCAGCGCGGUGACUUUGAUUUUGUCGAGAUCCACGACGAAGAGUUGUGGGCGCUUCCGUCGUCAUUGCCGCUCGACACCUUUGAAGCGAUGAUCCUUCUCGAGACGCUCCAGGCGCCGCUCGUGUAA